AUAGGUCGUGUUCGGGACGAAGCAAAAACUUUUGCGAUACGCUUUCGUCGUACAAUGAUCGAACUCAAUGAUUUUAGGACUGAACCGUGAAUGACUAUGAGGUGCAUUAGUGAAUAUAUCAUGCGUGUGAAAAAUGAGGAUAUGUGUGUGUGAAUUCGAAAUGAUUGGGCAAAUACAAUGGGCAUUAGUGGUUAUAUUAGCGAUUGGUCGAGCCGCGAGUACGGGAGACAAGCGACCACAUUUCACCACAGAGCCUCCUCCGAGGGUUCUAUGGCCCGCUACGAGAGGCGCGUAUGCGGUGUGCCGGGCUAGUGGUCAUCCAGCGCCUGACGUUCAUUGGGUCACUUCGGAGGGACAAGUUAUUACCACUAUCCCUGGGUUACGGCAUGUGCUAAGCGACGGGCGGCUGGUGGUAGGAGCUCGCAGGUCGAUGGUUGAUGCUGGUGGGGGUGGCAACAGUGCUGUGUUGAGAUGUAGAGCUUCCAAUAGAGCUGGAGUCACUUUAUCACGACCGAUGCUGUUGCAACCAGUGGAAGACAAUGUCCUGUCGCAUUCGGUUCGUCAGCUGAUUCCUGCUAAAAUAGGAGGUUCCGUGCUAUUGCGUUGUGAGCUAUCGCUACAGAUAGGCUUUGCUGAUGUGAAGUGGCUGCAAGACGGGUUGCCCCUAGCAACGGGAUAUAUGGGAACGGAUACGCGAUGGAUAUCAGGCGCAGGAGGAUUGUUGCUCGGUUCAGAUUUAACACAGGCUGAUAUUGAAGCCGAUUAUUCCUGUAUAGCUGUUGAUACGCCCAGUCCUACGAUCAAAUUAACUACAGACGAAAGCAGUUGGCUAGAAAGUGUCGAAGUAAAUUCGAUUGAAGCUCGCGCCGGUGACACGGUAAUCCUGCCUUGCAUUCUACGACAUAGCAACAGGCAUACUAUCACCUGGCAGCGACAAGACGCGAGCGGUGUGUGGGCCGCCGCGGGCGAGGGGUCCGUACGGCGCGGGGCGUUAGUGCUAGCGGCUGUGAGAGCGCACCACGCUACGCGGUACGCGUGUGCUGCGGGGGAUAACUCGCCGCGCGUGAUCGUGCGGCUGAUCGUGUAUGAACCGCUCACUGUUACUGUCAACCCUAAUCCAUUGAUGCUAGGCACAGGUGGAUCUGGUAGCUUCAACUGCUCGGUAUCAGGGGGUAGAGGUGGUGGGGUCACCAUCAGUUGGCAGCAUGAAGGCAGACCUCUCCACUCUCCUCAGAACAAACUGACAUUAGGACCAGUUCGAUCACAUCAUGCUGGGUUGUAUCAAUGUACGGCGUAUGAUCACUCGGACUCUGCGGUCUCUGGGGCGGAACUGGUCAUCGCGGACAGACCUCCAAGACUGAUAACAACAUUCAGUGAGGCCAUAACCCGAGUUGGACAGAGUAUUGCGUUAAGAUGUGCAGCUACUGGGAUUCCUUCGCCGAGAAUAUUUUGGACGUUGGACGAUAGACCUCUUCCUUCUGCACCUGAAAAGUACACAAUAAAUACAAGAGCAGAAUCACUACCAGGUAGUGAGGAAGGCAAUAUAAUAUCUACGUUAAGUAUAACUAUUCGAAGUGCUGAUGAAGGUGGAAGAUAUGGAUGUAAUGCUACUAACUCUGGUGGUUCUCAGGCGCAUUAUGCAAGGCUUAAUGUUUUUGGUCCGCCGAAUAUAAGAUAUCUACCACCGAUGCAUGUGAAAGUCGAAGCUGAUGUGACAUUAUAUUGCCCAUAUUCUGGAUAUCCAAUUAAGGAAGUCAUUUGGAGAAGAGAAGAUGGUUCUAUCGUUGAAUCUCCAAUAGACACUAGUGACGAAAGGGGAAUUCUAAGAUUGCCCUCAGUGAGAGGGUCUGCUAGCGGCAGUUAUACUUGUGAAGUGAGGGCUGAAAGCGGGGAACUAGCUAGACGAACUGUACGCAUUGAAGUGCAUAAACCUCCGAAAAUAGUUCCAUUUCAAUUCCCCGAAGAAUUAGAAGUGGGAGGUAGCACGCAAGCUACAUGUAGUUUAGUAUCUGGGGAUAAACCCAUACAGUUUUCUUGGCACAAAGAUAACUUACCCAUCCCAUCGGUAUUAAAAGUUGAACAAAAGAAUAUGGACUUUUUCACAAUAUUAGUGAUACAAGAUUUGAAUUCUAUGCAUAGUGGAGAAUAUUCUUGUCGAGCGACAAAUGACUUUGGGACAGUUAGUCAUACUGCUUCGUUAAUUGUUAAAGAGGCGCCGUUAUGGGUGUGGCGAGCACAGAACACAUCUGUGUCGGCUGGUGCUGCUGUACUAUUGCCUUGUUCUGCUAAGGGUCAGCCAAUGCCUAGGAUUUCUUGGGAAUUUUCUACAGAGGGUGAAAACUGGCGUCACAUCCUCUGGGGUCAAACCGAAUCGCCCGAUAUGAGUGAGGGGUCUCUACUCGCGGACGGUACUGUGUGGGUCCGUGCAGCGACUCCGCAGCACGAGGGCUGGUACAGAUGUACUGCAAGGGUACAGCAUUCGUUCUUACACCAUACCUUCUAUUUGGAUGUUAGGGAGCCACCUAAACUAACUCGAGGUGGAGGUGGUGGGGAAACUCAGUGGGUAGUUAGAGGAUCAACGGCACGAUUGACUUGCUCAGUCCGCGGCGAGCCAGAAAUUCACAUACAUUGGACGCACGACUCCAGGCCACUCGCUUUGCACGGCUCCGGUGGUGUUGAAAUGCGAGACCUCGGUAACGGUGCGAUGAUGUCGGAAAUCACGAUCACGCACGCGGGGCCCGAACACGCGGGCGACUAUAGAUGCUUGGCGAGAAACUUGUAUGGGACUGAUGAAUUGAUCUUCAGGCUAUUUGUUAAAGAACGGCCCAGCGUCCCCGAAGAGGUACGCAUAUCGGAAGUAUGGUCGCGUCGGGCUCGCGUCACGUGGCGCGCGGCCCGCAACACCGCGGUAUCGCAAUACGCGCUACAGUACCGAGCUCUCCCCCCAACGCCUGACGCGCUCCCAAUCGACGCGUGGACGUCCCCUGAUGUGCUCAACGUCACGCUGGCGAACUCUGAUCUACUACACGUCGCUUCGGAAGGCCCCGGUCGAGCGGGUGCGCUCAUAUCAGCGCUGUUCCCGGACACACGCUACGUGCUACGGCUCGCGGCGCACAACGAUGUUGGCGCGUCGCCUUACACCGCGCCAUUGCACUUUACUACGAGAGAGGAAGCGCCCGGGGGGGUGCCCCGGGACAUUUCGCUGCGCGCCCUCCGCGCACGGGAGCUUCUCGUCACUUGGCAGCCGCCUCCCCGCGAGACAUGGCACGGCACUCUCCUAGGCUACACGAUCCGCUGGUGGGAAGCGUCAGACGAAAGCAAGGGGAACUCGGACAACGCGUCGGAAAGCGGGGCCAGUGCGGAUGCUACGAGUACUACGCUACGGGGCUUGAAACCGGCUACGCGCUACGCGGUGUCCGUGCGCGGGUACAACGCGGCGGGGAACGGGCCGGCCUCGCAACCGCACUAUCGGCAUACGUUGGAGUCGCCGCCCUCAGGCAGUCCAGAAGGACUGGCAUGUGUAUCUAGCGGCUCCACGUCACUGCGCGUGUCGUGGCGGGCGCCAGAACCAGACUCACGUGGCGGCCUCAUCACACACUACACACUACAAUAUACCAGACGGGAUGUGGACCCGUUGCUACCUGUUCAGGAUGCGCAUUUACGGGUGCAGGGUGAAGAAACAACAGUAUCCCGACUAACUCCAUACUCAGAAUACGAUAUAAGGGUUCGUGCACAUAACGCCGCUGGCGAUGGGCCUCUGUCCCCUCCACAAAUGUGCAGGACUGAUGAAGAUGUACCAAGCGCUCCAAGCGGCAUCAAAUUGAUAGCGCUGAGCGAGCGCUCGCUGCGCGCCUCGUGGUUGCCGCCCGUCGAGCCCAACGGACGACUCACGCAUUACUCCUUGUAUAUUAAGGAUUUGUCUGGGUCGCAAGAAGCGAACGUGACGCGCGUAAGCACAUGCGUAGAAGGCGAAGAAGGCGCGGAGUGCGCGCGUACUCUGCGCGGGCUUCGUGCCAGCCGCACGUACGAGGCGUGGGCACGGGCCGCCACAGCCGCGGGGGAUGGACCGCCCUCCGCUGUGGUGGCGUGCCAGACUACUGCGCUUGCGCCUGCCCGCAUCUCCUCAUUCGGCGGUGUAGCCGUCGGCAGCGCUGGAGCAGCGCUGUCUCUGCGCUGUGCGGUGGGGGGCGCGCCUCCGCCCGCCAAGCGCUGGCUGCGCGCGGGAACACCGCUGCAUGUGAGACCGCCGUUCCAUAUGGAUGGAGAUGCGCUGAUGAUAAGGAAUCUAGAACUAACCCACGCGGACAACUACACAUGCGUAGCGGAAAACCCGCAUGGCUCAGAUUCAGUAACCUGGCGCGUGAUAGUACUCCGACCUCCGAGCCCCCCGGGCCUCUCGUUAUUAGAGGCCCGGUCCCGGGAACUAGAGUUGGAACUGCGACCUGCUCCGAGGGCCCCUGGACAUGCACUGGCUAAGGCUUUUACACUGCAUUGGAGACUUGCCGCGCCGGAGGGAGAAUGGCGGAUACAAUCAGCCACUCCGGGGCCCGUAACCCUCACGGGCUUACGCUGUGGCUCAGCGUACCGCGCGUACGGUUCCGCCGGCGGACCCCCCGGUACUGAGAUAUCUAUACGAACAUCUGGGGGUCCGCCAGUAGCACCUCCAGAUAGUCGCUGGAUUAGAGCCAAUGCGACACACGCACGGUUCGACACUAGUAUGUGGUCGGAUGGGGGUUGCGGCCCCGUGGCCUUGAAGCUCGAGUGGGCGGGCUCGGGGGUCACGGGCGCGAGGGACGUGCCCGUUGGUGGGGAGGUUAUUUUGGGUGGUCUAACCCCCGGGUCUCGGUACCGCGUGGCGGCUCGCGCGUCCAACGAAGCGGGCUGGACGCGCGAAGUAUACGAGUUUUCAAGCGGGCCCGCUGACGGGGGCUUCGCAGAGGAAGUGGACGCCCCCUUUCCCGCUACAGCUGGGGAACUAGCGCUACUGCUCGCAUUAUGUGCCGCGCUGUCACUGGCUGCACUAACUAUACUCGCUAUACUGUUGAGACGGAAGAGGUCAGACGUGGCCGUGCCUCGAGUGACGACGAGUGCUGACAAGGCCGUGUGCGGGACGUACCGGCCGCCGCACUCCACGCCCAAACUGCCGCCAGACCCUCCAGACGUAUACGAAAUAAGUCCGUACGCAACGUUCGCGGGCGGUGAGGGCGUGGGGCCGGGCUCGCGCGCUUACACGCUGCAGCUGCGUGCGCUCGCGCGACACGACGACGACGCGCCGCCACCGCACAGCGUGGACGAAGAAACGUGUCUCGACGCGUAUGAAGCUCAACGAAGACGAAGACGUCGUCGACACUAUUGCCCAGACCAUGGUUGCUCGCAAGACUCGGGGAGUUGAGGAAUUACACUGCCAAAUACUUAGUUAAUAUCUAGUCAACUUAGUGAAUUCUGUUAUACAUAUUAAUAUGUAUACAACAAAUUUUUACAAUUAUAUUAUCUAUUUAUAUUA